AUGCAGCGAUCGGAUUCCGAGAUCAUAUGUUUUAAGACACAUCUGCAGCAAGCUUUAUUGAUAUGUUCUGAUCGUUGUUUGUAUAUCUCGAGCAAAUGGGCUGCAGAAAUACUUGAUGGCAUAGACGACAGACAUCUCAACCAAGACUCCAGCUAUACACAGAAUGCCGAUCAUGCCGCCUCGAUCGCGACAUACUCAACAAGUUACGAAUCGUCGCUUCCUGCUUUGACAGAAAAAGAGUACAACAAGUAUCAGUAUGCGAAAGCAUUGUUCCAAAUGCGUCAAUACGACAACGUGGCGUUCAUUCUCAGCAACUACACGCAUCCGAAGCUGAUGUUUCUGAAGCUUUAUGCGAAAUACCUGGCUGGAGAGAAACGGAAGGAGGAACAUACGCAAGAUAUACUCGGUGCCUCGGAGACUUCAUUGGCUGAAAAUACAGAAUUAAACUCGCUUUACGAAGAGCUUCACGAUCUCCAUGACAAAAAGAAAUUGGAUGCUUUUGGACUCUAUUUAUAUGGGAUUGUUCUCCGCAAGUGCAAGCUUGACAAGUUGGCAGCAUCAGCACUUCUGGAAUCAGUGAAUCAAUAUGAAUACAAUUGGUCAGCAUGGAUGGAGCUCGGGUCCCUUGCCACUACAAGGAAAAAUUUUCUCGAUCUACAAGCUACGCUAGCAAAGCAGAUGAAGGACAGCAUCAUGAAAGAUUUAUUCCUUGCACGCCUUGCCCUAGAAAUGCACUUGCCAUCAGACACAUUUUGGGAGCUAAUGAGGCCGCUGGCAGGAUGUUUCCCGAACAGUAUAUAUAUCAAAUCACAACUUGCGGCUGCAUGCUACGAUAUGUUUGACUACAAUGAAGCCGAAGCUCUUUUUGACGAGAUGCGCAAGGAACAGCCCUAUCGAAUUGAGGAUAUGGAUAUCUAUUCCAAUCUCUUAUACUUGCAAGAUUCGCGACAUAAACUGAGCUUGCUUGCUCAUGACUGUGUACGGAUUGAUCGAUAUCGACCUGAAACCUGCUGUAUAGUUGCAAACUAUUACAGUAUCACACGUGAAAUUGCAGAAUCUGUGGAAUACUUUAAGCGUGCUUUAAAGCUUGAUCGCAACUACCAUCUUGCUUGGACCCUUCUUGGACAUGAUUAUAUCGAGAUGAAAAAUACCAACGCUGCCAUCGAAUGUUAUCGGCGGGCAAUAAAUGUGAAUAGUCGAGAUUACCGUGCGUGGUAUGGGUUGGGUCAAGCAUACGAGAUACUCAGUCUUCCCUACUAUGCGACUUAUUACUACAAGAAGGCAACUGAAUUAAGACCUUACGAUGCCCGCAUGUGGAAAGCUCUUGGGGCAUGCUACGCAAUCCUACAGGAAGAUCAGGAUGCUGCUGGAUGUUAUACUAGGGCAGCCGAAUGUGACAAUGAAGGAAAACACGGUGUUCUGAUUCAAUUAGCGCGGGUGUUUGACAAGAUGGGGAAGAAAGCAAUGGCAUCACAGUAUUUCAAGCGGGCAUUCGAAAAGUACCAGGAAGUGGGGCAUUACAAAGAAGAAGUUGCAGAAGCGGCGCUUUUCCUAGCAAGAGAGAAUGCAGUGCUCUGUAAAUGGGACGAGGCCGAAAAAUAUGCCAAAGUCGCUCAAGAUUACAAGUACCCUUAUUAUGAUGAUAGCAAGUCAUUACUUGAUGAAAUACGGAUAAAACAGGCUUCCAUGUAG